AUGUGCUCAUUUCUUCUCCUAUUUUUGUUGGUCAUUGUCGGCUUCGAUCUGGUACAAAAUUCCAUUUCUCAGUGGGACACAGAAGCGGAGGGCUCGGCGGCAGCGAAAUUUAGCCCGGACAGCAAGUUCCUGACAAAGAUCAAACUCAACAUCAUGGAGCAAGAAUUAUGGCCCUGGCGGUGCCAGCGUUGCCAAAGAAUCAAUCGCAAGAGUGCCACCAAGUGCGCCAUUUGCAAUGCGCACUGGACUACAGGCACCAGGCACAGUACGGAACCCAAGAAAUCGACAAAUCUGGACGAAGAGGCUGGAUGGUCGACAUGGGAAGAAUGGUCCUACAAAUGGGACGAAGACGAUGCAGCAUGGGGGUGGGAUUGGCAAAAACAUCGCCAACAAUCCCGCUCGCAAUCGCAGAGUACAACCAAAAGCAACAAGAGCAACUAUGGGGAGUCGCAAGAGACGCACCCACGAAAGCAGAAAGGCAAAGGCAAGGGCAAGGCCAAGCAAGGCAAAGACAAGGGGAAAGGGAGCACACCAUCGCCCUUUGCUCCUUUGACAGCAGAUGCACCGCCCUGGCCGUCUCUAGAGAGUCCAGUGGGCAAUUUGAUGCCGACGAUGACUCCUUUCUCCACUGCACAAGGAGUCGAAAACAUUGCGCAGAAGAAGGAAGUGGUCAGUGCUCUCAAAACAGCAUAUCCAGAUGCGGCUCAAAUGCCACAGGAAACAAAAGAAAUCAUCGAGAAGCUGGAGAAAGAUAUCGAUCGCCUCGAGAAAGAGAACUCGAAGGCGACAACCAAGAAUCUGCAUUCAGCCACCAAGGCUCUGGGGAAGGCCCAGAAGACUCUUACGGAAACGAUGGAGUCAAAGAAGGUUCACCGUGCAAGGUGGACUCAGCAUGUGGCAGAAGCGGCAAAAACCUGGCAAGAUCAACUGCAUCAAUACCGGCAGCAGCAAGCAGCCCUGCAAGAAAUUGCGGUCAAAGCACGUGCGGACAUAGAAAGUGCCCGCACAGCCAUUCAGGCUUUGUCAGCAAAAGCUCCUCAGGAGACACUGGCAGCUAUGACUCAGAUUGCACCGGUUACGGCAGAAACAGAAGAUGCAGCCAUCGAUCUGGAUCAGGAGGAAGAAUCAGUUCAAUAUCAACUGCAGACCGUCCUGCAGAGCUGCGCAGCAUCAUUGGGGAUCGAUGUACCGCAAGCUCAGCAGACAGCUGCUGGAGAUCAAAUGGACGAUGGAGAGACGGAGGUGAAUGCCACACGUCCCAAAAGAGCCCGCGCUUUGGAACCAUUUGGAGGAGUCUCUGACUCAGAUAUUCUGACAAGCGCCAUAGCCUGCAAGGCGCCACAAUCAGUCCAGAACUUGUUUGAUGCGUUGCUAGCAGAAGGUGUGGUUGAAGGUCCAAGGAUCCAUGAAAGCAUUUUCUUAAGCUUGGAAGCUCCCAGACGAGCGGGCCUGGUCACGAUUCUUCAAAGGGAUGACAGAGCACAAAGAGCCAACUAUGCUGUGUCUCAUGAAAGGAAUGACUCUAUGCCAGAUGGAGGUGAGCAACAUGAUCAGGACCCUGACCCUGAGGAACAAUCUCAAGUGCCAUCUCCUAGUUUGGCCAGCACAUCAGACAUUCGAGCUGGGGUUCAUAUCCAUAGGCUAGGUCAUCCACAGACGUUUGGUAGACCGAGAUGGGACACAGCAGAACAUGUCUUGCAUGAUGUUGCGAUGAUUCUCCAGGUUCCUUUUCAUCAUCUCACGCACUGUCAUCAUGUACAAGUGCCGCCUGCUGACACUGCAGAGCAUGAAGAUUCCAUCAUCGUUCAGCACAUUAAUGACAUUCCUGUUGGUUCCACGGAAAAACUCAUCCUUGUAGAUGUGGAAACGCAUGCCCAACAAAGCAGUGUUACCUGGCCGAGAGCACCUGCAGUGUCGCGCCAAGUUUUCAAAGUGGUCCCAGUGUUGGUGCGACGACACUUGUUGCACUUGACGCAUACGGCGGCAUAUUGCGACUGGUCACCGCAGGAGUGCUUGGUUUUUUGUAACCAUGAAUUGUGGCAUUUGCAUGAGCAGGGUCCCCGCAGGAUUACCCAUGGUAUGUACUUCAAAAUCAUCGUUCCUCCACCUCCCAAUCGCCAAUGGGAAAUCAGCCAUGCCAUUCGAGUUUUCCAUGAAGCCCUCAAUCUGUUCGACUCGCCCGAGGCCACCAGAAUUGCUGAGCACAUCCUGAAUGAAAAUCGGCCGUGGCCCCCGGAAGAAGUUCCCCCGCACAGGCAAUGCAAAGGGACAGAGAUUCAUCGAGAUAUCGAUGUCCCGAUGAUGUUUGCACCAGGGGUGCCGAUGAGGCGCUUGAGGCCUAGGCAUGAUGGUGAAGAGACGUGGUUCUGGGAGCUAGGCCAGCUCUUUGCAGAUCAAGCCGAAGUUGAGGCCUCGUCCCAUGAGACUUGA